ACGGGCAGAGGAGGAGACGGUGGGGGUGGUGGUGAGGACGAGGCCUGAGAGAGAGAGGGGACCCAGGGUUCGGGAGAGAGGCAACGGCAGGGGGGGGGAGAGGCCGCGUCGAAUACGCGCUGAGCGGCGAGACAGAGAGAGAGAGGGAGGGGACGGACGAGGCCGACGAGGAGCAGGAGACGAGGAGCAGGAGACGAGGAGCGAGGCCGAGUUGCCAGGGAAUCGAGUGGUGAAGGGGAGAGGGUCGGUGGGUGGGUGACCGAUAGCGCAAUGGCGCAGGCGACUCCGGCGGGCGGAUUCUCAGACGGUGGGACGGGAGCGCAUUGCGGCCAGGAUUUCGAGGAUGUGAUGACAUCAAAUGCAGAGCUGGGACCCCACGGGUUGCCUGCUGCCGAGUACCAUGGGAUGGAGCCACCUGCUCCCUCGAUACGCACGGGGAACAUGCAAGGAACGCAAGGAGAGGAGACGCAAGCGUCUUUAAACAGCCCGGCUGUUGCUGGAGAUGCAGGCUUCAUGGGCCUCGCUUUUAGCACCCUGGAGAUGGUACGCAACUGGAGCCUUAACACCUACAAGUGCACACGACAGAUGGUGACGGAGCAGCUGGGCCGAGGCUCCCGCACCUUGGACCCAGAGCUGUCUGCCCGCGUGGUGGCGCUCACAGAGACGAGGCGGCGCUACCGUGCGCUGCUGCGGGUGGCGCGCUCUAUGCUGGCGCACUUCCAGUUGGUCGUCACGGCACAGCGAAAUCUGGCCGACUGCUUCUCUGAGCUCGGCCACAAGUCUCCUGAUCUGCAGGAGGAGUUCAGCUACAACGCAGAGACGCAGCGGCUGCUGUGCAAGAACGGGGAGACGCUGCUACGGGCCCUCACCUUCUUCGUCAACAGCAUCAACACGCUCACCAACAAGACCAUGGCCGACACCCUGAUGACUGUGCGCCACUAUGAGGCUGCCAGGCUGCAGUUUGACGCUUACCGGGCAGACGUGGAGCUUCUGAGGAACUCGGCCACAGACCCGGCCUCUGCCCAACGCCUCGACGUCGCCCAGAAACACUUCCUCUCGCACAAGGACAAAUUCGAACGUCUCCGCGAAGACGUUGCCAUCAAACUCAAAUUUCUGGAUGAAAAUAAGGUGAAGGUGAUGCAGAAGCAGCUUCUUCUGUUCCACAAUGCCACCUCUGCCUACUUCGCUGGAAACCAGCAGCAGCUGGAGCUCACCCUGAAGCAAUUCAAUGUGAACAGCAGCAUUGCCGCCCCAACAGCCGGCAUUGCCACGUGGGUCGAGGGGCAGUGAUCCAACUCGCACGUAACCUUACACACGUAAACACCACUACUCUCAUACAAAGAUCCUAUGAAGCCUACACAGGCUGUUGGGGCAGAUGGUGAGCAGAUAUGAAAGUUGGCAUUGCUUACGAGAGGGGGAUAUGGCCAGAAACACACCCAACCACCUUUGCCUCCCCAUUGGUGAUGUUUACACGGUCUAGGGAAGGACUGGGACCGGUUCAGAUAUUUGCCAAUGUUAGGUGUGAACAUGAACUGAAUUCUGCCCACUGGAUUCGUAGUGCAAUGCGCUAACCUCUGCACUGUCACACAACCCACCACACAUAUACCCCGACUUGCAUGUCCACUUACACUUCCAAACUGCCUUUCACCACCAAGCGACAUUACUACAGCCCUUGUGCCAGGCUAGCGCUAGUAUGUAUGUUGUUGAACUUCUUUCGCACCAUACGUAGCCAUCUGCUCAUCGGAGGAGCGGGGGACUCGCUGGCAGAAGGUUACGAGACAAGACAAGGGUGUCCUGGCACCACCUUUGCCAACUUCCCUACACUCACCGCACACCCCACUCAUAAACACUCGUUUUCAACCCCAAAGACAUGUUCACACACAACACCCCAAUCUCCCAUGUUCCAAAGCUUCUGACCGUGAGCUCGUGCAUAUGUAGAUACAUUAACAAAACGCACCUCGACCUGGAUCACACACGGUGCCCACUGUGCAGGCGGUGACGCGCAAACUUCUUUCUGGGAUAGUCAGCAGGUCGUGUAUUCCACCACCCAAUCAUGGGCUGGGUGAACAACCGAGUUGUGUUUGUCAAUGCCUUGUUUAGAAUUACAAUUUUAUUCCACACAUUGGUGUGAAAAGGGUUGGUGUGGGUAGUGUACAUCACAUGUAGCCAUCACUUAGUCUUUUUGGGGGGAGCCUUUGCCCAGAUAUUGCAACGGUUUUUUUUAGACAAAACCACUGCAGAAAGACAUUUUUGUAAGCGAACGUAGAAUAACGGCUAAAAGGAGUAACCAUCGAUUGCAAUUGAGAACAUUGCUAUGCUUCAGUGUAUUUAAUAAAGUACAUUCCUCUCAA